AUGGGAAAUAAUAAUAUCUGUUGUGUUGAUCAAAGUGAUGAACCUAUUGAUAAACACAAGUACUAAUUCCAAAAAAAAUUACAUAAACUGAAUAAUUAACUCAUUUCACAAAUCUAGUAUCAAGACAUAAUAAUAUUUCAUAAGGUUUGAUAUAUAUGUAUAUAGAAUUUAGUUGUAUAAUUAAUUGAUAAUUGCAAUGCUCCAAGAUAUUUAUCAAUAACUGAAAAAGAUCCAGAAACAAAACUUGAGUUCUAUUUUAGAAUGAAAUUAGAAAUAGAACUUAAUCAAUCAAGUUUCUUCAAUUUACUUAUUGCUAAUUACUUUUUACAUUUCAAUGAGAUCUAUGCUGAUGAGGAGGUCAUUGAUAUCAUACAACAAUUUGAUACUAUUUCAUAAAUACUUAGAAUAGUUAUUCUUCAAGGUUUCUAGUAGGAUCUCAAACUUUAUUUUGGCAAUGACCUUGACAAACUACCUGAACAGGAAUUACUUGUUUAAAGAGUGCUUUAACAUUACUUAUUAGGGAAGGCAUCUCCCAUUAAGAAUAAAUUUAAUUAGAUGCUUAAACUCUAUUAUCAAUAAAUAUAAAUUAAUGAAUUACAUUAAUCAAAUAUUCCUGAAAAAGGUACAGUUUUAGAGCAUAAUGAUUUUGAAAUAGAUUAAGCCUUAUUACCAAUAUAAGGAGGAGAGAUAGUUAAUAUUUCUAAUGAUAGGUACAACUUUUCAAAUAUUUAUAUAUUAGUUUUCUUGAAUCAUCUGGUGGAUCUGUUAAACCAAUACAACAUUAAACAAUUAUUCAAAUAGAUAAUAUUAUUGAAAAUGCUGAGAAAUAAUUUAAACAUCUUCCAUAUGCAACAACUUUUGAAAUACUUAGUCAAAUGAUAAAAACAACUAAACCAUGGAAGAAGUUUCUUCUAAUUUAAAAAUUUGAUAAUUUAAUUACUAAAACUCUUUUAACAAAUCGAGAUUAAAAUCAAUUAUAAAGUAUACAAGACAUCCUUUUUGCUGAAGAUUCUAGAUCAGAUAUAUACUUAUAUAUUUUGUAAAUUCUAUAAAUUUAUUCUUAGCCAUUAAUAUGGACAAAAAUUUUAAGUUGAUUUCAAAGAACACUUAUUGAACUCUCUUAAAUUGAUGUGGGAAUUUGAUGGAUUACUUGGAAGUGAUAUCAAAUAUAUUUACUGUCCUAGUUUCCUUAGAUUUACUAAUGUUUUAGAAAUGUAUUUGAAAAGUGUUAGUUUAUGA